AUGGAGGUCACUUCACCUCAAACAAGACAAAGAUCCCGGAGGUCUGCCGCAAUCGCAGGAGGCGUAGUGGGUGGUGUUUUUGGCCUGGCUAUAAUCAUCACCUCUGCUUUUUUGAUUUUAAAGAGAAGGAAGAAGAAACUCGUGCAUGGUGAAUAUGGUUUAACGCCCUUUUACGAUUCGACGGGUUCCAACAUAACGCACACAGAUACAAGCCAGGUGAUUGGACGAAAAUCCCCUGUGCGUCAGCCACAGGCGUCUGAGCAAGAAUCCGGAUCGAAUCGACCGGGAGACAAUCCCAUUCAAGUCCUUCGUCAUCAGGUGGAUGUUGUAUUGCAGAGAAUGACAAAUUUAGAGGCAAGAAUGCCGCCGCCAGACUACACCUCUCGGUCACCACAGUAA